CCCACAGACAAAAUUGAACGCUUUUAGGCUAACACUAACAGUAGUAAUAGAUCUAGAACGUUUGUUCACAGCUCAGAAUUCUAUUACUCUGUUUAAAUUACAGUGUAGAAUUCUGUGUUUCAGGGUGAACGCUUCACUGGUUGGCCAAGGCUAUUAUAACGGUGAACGCCCACCGGGUGAGAAUAGCCAAAAGACUCGCCUGUGCUAUUCUGACCCGGGGUGAGAAUAGAGGUGGCCUAACCAGAUAGUUGAACAGGCUCUACUUAGAGCCUCAAACAACUAAAUCGUCAACGUCAACGUUAAUAAGUUAUCAUUUAAAAUUCAUGCUGUGUUGGUAGGAGAGGAAUUUAAUUAAUUGUUUUUUAAUUAAAACUUGUGGUUUAUUCUAAUACCCAUGGAAUUUUUUGCGCUUUUUCGGUAGGCCUAGUUCCCACCCCCCUUAUUUGGGCAUAGAUCUAGGUAGAUGAGCUGCUAGCGAGACAUCCAAACUAACAACUGCAAAACUUAAAAUUAUGGUAAAAUUCAGCCCCCCCGAUAUUUUUAUUACCCCCAGAAACCCCCCUACUCUUGGGGCCAAAAACGGCUAAUAUAUAUAUUGGGGGGUGGGAACUACUAAAAAGGCGCCGAAUUUUCAACCCUCUGAAAAAGCCAAAACUUAAAAAACUAAAAACUGUGUUUUGUAUUGUUUUUCUUAUUUCAUUUCAGAUUACUGUAUUACUAUUUCACAAGGUGGACUGUGCCUUUUUGAAUGAUGCAGUUCAUGUGUUGUUGAUUAAGGUGUCUCUUCUUUUUGCAAAGAACAUACUAUUAUUAUAGCCAAGCCAUCAUGUCAUCAUCAAGGCACUCAAAGACUUCAGCAUACCAAGUCUACUCUUCUCAAAGUAGAAAAUCUAGUAGCAGGCAUAGCAGGUCUUUAGAAUCAGAAGAUUCUCGGGAAGGUAGCUCUAAGAAAUCAUCAAGUGACAGGAAAGAAAAAAGUAGAGACAAAAAACAUCGCAGAGAAGCCUUGGUUGACUCUGAUGACGAAGUACUGAAAAUUAGUCAGCCCAAGAGUCUGCUGUCUUUGUCGCUCCCGUCGGGUCGAGAAGAACAACGUGCCACAAAGUCUCGGAGUAGUCGCCACCGAAGCUCUGGUUCUCGUGAGGAUAAAAAACAUGCUUCCCAGACGCAGUCUCUAAUGGAUAUGGAUUUUGGCAGAGACCAGAGAGGGGCUGGGCGCAAGAGAAAUGUCUCAGAUUCUUCCGAUGAUGAUUCCGUCGAUGAGUCCAAGUCUCAUGGGGCAGAGUUGCAGAAAUCGAAACUUUACUCCGAUUCAGAUGACGAGGAUGGAGACAGUCACCAUCGCUCUGAGAAAGUGGACAAAGACAAAAGAUCCUGGAAGGAGUCAAGUGUACGUGAGAACCCGAUUAAGUUGUCUCCACUUGUAGUGGAAAUGCCCCGAAAGGAUCUAAAUGGAGGUGAAAAGGGUACAUCUCCUGAUGCUAACACAAAGCCACUGUCCUUGUUAGGUGAGUACGUACCACCUCCGCCGAAAAAGCCAGUCAGCCUUCUGGACCUUGCAGGUGGAGCUGAUUCUUUCGACAGAGGGAGACAAAAUUAUUCUCGUCGAUCAGAUGGGAAAUCUAGCCACCUGUCGCAGAAUUCUGACUACCACCAGGGAGAGAGGAGAAGAGAAAGUAGCCAGAAGAAACGAAGAGAUGGGAGUGGAGAUGAGAGAGAAGUCCCCUCAAAGAAAAUGAAGAUGAAAACUACUGAGAUGAUGAAAGCUAGGGGUAAUCCACCAGCAUUGUCUAACAGAAUCACGGCGUGCGGUGACAACAAACAGUCGUUUAUCGUGAUCCCGUCCACCUGUCCUGUCACCGGCAUUCAUGGCCGCGCCAGCAUUACGGUCCUCAUGGGGUCUGUCACUAUACUGGGGUACCCUCUGCAGCCCGGCCGGCCGUACCCCGUCUUCUCUCCCGUCACCGGGGGCCUCUUGUCUCUGUUUGCCAGCGGCGACAAGCUGAAGGCUCAGGAUGUGAAGGAGGAGAUCACCAAGCAAGGAUUUUCUGACCAAGAGCAGAGUUUGGACUCCAUCGGGAGCAACACAAUAGCCGUCCUGCUGGUGAAGAAGCUGGACUCGGUGCUCUGCGACUACGUCACGACCUUCAUCCCCUACACGCAGCUGUUCAACCCCGUGCCGCAGCGGGAGGAGUACCAGUCGAUGCCGCGGGGCGUCACGCUCCCCAAGGUCGGCCUGAAGGUGGCGCCGCACGGCGAGUUUGUGUCCAGCUGUCUCAACAUGUCCUCGGAGCACCAGGACGUGCUGGACCGGUGGAGGAAGCUGGUCUCUCAGCAGGAAGGUGACCAGCCACCGGGGGUUGUUUGCUGUGGUGCCAAGAAUUCGGGGAAGUCAACUUUCACACGGAUGCUCAUCAACGCCUCUUUGCAAAGUGUAAAGUCUGUGGCAUACUUGGAGUGUGACAUCGGCCAGACAGAGUUCUCUCCCCCUGCCACCGUGUCUCUGCACAUCAUUUCCGAACCAGUGCUGGGCUGAAGAUCCCAAGAAGAAGAUGGAGGAGACACACAAGCAUGAGCUCCUGUUGUUGAUGACGCUAGCCAACCAACACCGCGGUUUCAACGUGAAGCUGAAGCCGGUGGACCUGAGGAACCUGUCGCUGCUCUCCUCACUGUCCCUGGGUCUGGAACGUUCCGUCCAGCUCAACUCGGUGCCCCCGUACUGCGUUCCGUACGCCCAGCUGGCCGUCCACGUCUGUCACCACAGCGUACCGAGCUCGGAGCUCCUCAUGGCUCUGGACGCCAGCGUGGUGGCUCUGUGUGUGGCGGAUAUCAGUCAGGCAUCGUGCGCGGAGUGGACACGGACAAAGGCUUGCUGUACGUGGUGACCACGCUCCCGGCCGUGACCUUACGCAAGGUCAACACCGUACUCAAGGGCUCUCUCACUCUGCCUGAUCAGCUCAUUCUCAAACAGAAGGGCACGGGUUCCCUCCCCUACGUCGACGCCCUGGCCCCGUCGACAGCCGUCAGCUCUCUGAGGCCCCGCUCCAGGAUGCCGCGGAACAACCGCAGGAACAACUGACGGAAACGACUGAUGGAAACAACUAACAACUGAUGUAAACGACUGACAAAAACGACUGACGGAAACGACUGACAGAAACGACUGACAGAAACGACUGACAGAAAUGACUGACUGAAACGACUGACGGAAACAACUGACGGAAACAACUGACAGAAACAACUGAAGGAAAUAACUGACAGAAACAACUAACAAUGACAAAAACGACUGACAGUGAUGGAAACGACUGACAGAAACAACUAACAGUGACGGAAACUACUGAUGGAAACGACUGAUGAUACCAGGCUUACCAACUGUUCCGAAUUUCCCGGUACUAUCACGGAUUUGACAAUCAGGAAUUUAAGAGCCUUAUCAUAUGUAUGCACUGAAACCAGUCUUAUUUUAUGUGAUUUUGUUAGUUGUUUGGUAUAAUCUUAGAUUGUAUGAUUACGUUGGGUGUCUAUGGUUGAAUUUGGAAAAAGUUGUCAAUCCUUUGUUACUAUCAUGGCUGCUCUGAUUCUCCAUCUUCUACAUGACUGUCAUGACAGAGUUUUGGGAUUAUAUUUUUUGUAUUUUUUGUUUUGUUCUUGCAAUCUCAGAUGUACUGACUGGCGUCUGUGGUGUAGCAGUUAGGUGCUUCUUUGGCGCAUGCUGGGGACCUCAGUUGGAUUCCCAAUUGGGAGAAUUUUUAUUGAGUAUUAUGUUCUUUCUGCUAGGAUGCUGUUGUAUCCCUCUCAGUCUGGGUUGGCCUCAGCAGGCAGGAUUGAAGACGGCCUACUACUAAAUGAUCUAUACUGUGUUGAUGGAGAUGUAAAAACACCUACUUUUUUUGGUUUUAACAAUGUACUGAACUCGCAUUGUGAGUGUAUUUUUGGGGGAUUUUGAAUGAACUGGAGGGUAACAAAAAAGUCCCCAUCAUAUUUCUUUUUUUUUUUUUCUGCUGUUUGUUAUUUGUUAAUUUUGUUCAAAUGCUCAGCAUUUUGUUGUUGUUGUUGUUGUACCUUUCCAGAUACAUAUAAAAAAAUGUUUAUUGUAUUUUUUAAACUGGCAAUUUCAGAUGUCCUGAACUCACAUAAUACAUGUGUGUUUUUUUGAGGAUUUUUUUCUUAACUCGGUCAUAAAAAAAAUAUUAAAGUUUAUUUUUGCUGUUUGUUUUUUUUUAAAGUUAUGUCAAAAUGUCGAGUAUUCUGAUUCUGUGGUGAAAAUGCAGGAUUUUCUAUAGAGAGUUGUACUCCUUACCUAUCCAAAGUGUGGACAUGUUGUGCGACAAUUUACGCCAACUUUGCACGUUUUAUUGUCAUUUUGUUUAAGAA